AUGAAGCUCCUCGCGAUCUUCCUCCUUGCUCUUAUAGGCUUCGUCGAGACCGCCUCCAGCGUCGCUAUCACUGGUAAUUCCCGCGAUAGUACUGGAUCUGCCGUCACCGGAGACUGUCACAACGGCGACGAGAAGUGCUCCAUCCUCCCGAUCAUCCUCCUCGGCCGCCACUCCAUCAAGCGCUGCAUCAACCACAACUGGGUUGACCACGAGAUCUGCAACGCCGGAGUCAUUUGUACCGCAGACCCUUCACCUCACUGUGCCCUUGCGACCAUCAACGGUGAGAUCGCUGACAAGGACAAGACCUCUGCUGUCGCCGCCAACGAGAUUACAUCCAGGCAAGUCAACUGUCGUGAAGGCAGUCAGCAGUGCGCAUACCUCGAUCCGAUCAAGCGGCACAUCAUCCAACGCUGCUAUGGCCGCAAUUGGGUGAACACCAAGGUCUGCGAAGCCACCGAGACCUGUAUCGGUGGAGCUGCGCCCCAGUGUGUCGCUCAGACCGUUCUGUCUCGCGACGAGGACGCUGAUGAAGACACCGACGAACAAGACACCAACGCAGACGACAUCGACGCCGACCUCGCCAACAAAACCGACCUCCCCUGCACAAAAUGUAAGAGGAUGCGCGAUGAUUGCUUCAAAGUGGGUCAAACCCACUACUCCCCACUCCCCUCUACUUCUCGCGGUAACUAA